GGAGCGGGCGGCCGCCACUCGCCGCCGCGUCGGAGGGGCCGGCGGGACCGGGCCGGGCCGCGCCGCUCCGCGCCACAAAGGCCGCAGCAUGGUCCUGGUGCACGUCGGCUACCUGGUGCUGCCCGUCUUCGGCUCCGUGCGCAACAGAGGUGCUCCUUUUCAAAGGUCUCAGCAUCCCCAUGCUACCUCCUGCCGGCACUUCCACCUGGGUCCCCAGCCUCAGCUCUCCGCCGACUUCACCCUGCCUCACGCGGUGCAGCCCCAGCCGGGGCUGACCCCCCACAUGGCCCCCGCGCACCAGCACAGUGGUCCCCUGCACCAGCCCCUGGCGCCGGUGCCAGCCCUGCCCUUCCAGGACGUGGCCGGACCCUCCUUCCUACCUCAGGCGCUUCACCAGCAAUACCUCCUCCAGCAGCAGCUCCUCGAGGCACAGCACCGCCGGCUCAUGCCCCAUCCCAGGCGGGCUCAAGAGCGCAUGUCCGUUCAGCCUCACCGCCUACACCCCAGCUUUGACUUCAGCCACCAACUGCAAACUCCACAACCCAUGGGACCCCAGCCCAGGUAUUUGGCAGAAGGCACAGACUGGGACCUCAGUGUCGAUGCGGGGCUGACUCACGCCCAGUUCCAGGUCCGGCCGGUCCCUCAGCCCUAUCAGCAUUACUUAGCUACACCUCGGAUGCACCAUUUCCCCAGGAGCACAUCCUCGACACAGAUGGUUGUUCACGAAAUCAGAAAUUACCCUUAUCCUCAGCUCCAGCUACUUGCUCUUCAGGGACUGAACCCAAGCAGGCACACGUCCGCUGUGCGGGAGAGCUAUGAAGAGCUGCUGCAGCUGGAGGACAGGCUGGGCAGCGUGAGCCGGGGUGCCGUCCAGAACACCAUCGAGAGGUUCACCUUCCCCCACAAGUACAAGAAGGCUAGGAAGCUGCGGGCCAAAUUUUCAAAAGGGUCUCAACCUUCUCCCACCCAGCGGGUGCAAUUUCCCCCCUGUCCGCACCUGAGAAGACCACAGGAGGGCAAAGCUGAACCAGAUGAUGGAGAGGAGUCGGACACCGAUGAGAAAUGCACAAUCUGUCUGUCCAUGCUUGAAGAUGGAGAAGACGUCAGGCGGUUGCCCUGUAUGCAUCUCUUCCAUCAAGUGUGCGUGGACCAGUGGCUGGCCACCAGCAAGAAGUGCCCGAUCUGCAGGGUGGACAUUGAAACACAGCUCGGCUCGGACAGCUGAAAGGACUGGCUGGACACACCAUUUUCCUUACCAGGUCGUAUGGCCAUAAACCCUUGCAGCAAAAUUUUUGCCUUCUGAGCCAUUUGAUUGAGAGGAAAAGUCUGCAGGCACAUUAGGGAGGAGGAGGCGGAGGAGGAGGAGGCGGUACAAUAUCUAGCGGUAGGAGAUAUUGCACAUAACGCAGGAUACGGGCCCGGUGAAAGGGAGCUGGCAUUCCCGGAGCUCAGAGACCCCGUGCUGCAGAAGAUUUAGUGUUGAACAUGAAGGAACUAGUUGUGGUAGUCUGGCCUGUCAAUCCUGCAUUUCAUGAGGAUUGUAUAUAUACCUCUUGAAUACGUAGAAACAUGUUAGGGGUCCUUUAGCUAUUUCUAUGGAUGGCAGCUGGAGCAUGUUAGCUUAAGAAAUGUUGUGUUUGAUGCCCUACUCAUCUUGUGGUGGACAUGUUGCUGUUACCUAAUUUGCACCAAAUAUUUUUUCAUAGAUUCCUUAUUUUGGUGCCUGAUUAAUACAUUGCAGAGGGGGAAUAAAGAGGUCAAGCUUUCCCACCCUUGGGGUGGGGGGAAGAGGCGAAAAAGCAAAAUCCUGUUUACAGUCAGAAGGGUUGCGCUCUUUGCCUCAGCCGCGUGUGCUUCCUUUCCUUGCGUUUACAGUGUGUUGCAAAUCUAGAGAAGCUUAAAAAAAAUAAAAAUAAAAAUUGGGAAUGAAAUGAAUGAAGCAGUAGGGAGAAGCUUCGUUCCUGCUUAUCUGCUGGUGCUGGACGCUUUCUGUUGGGGCACGAUAUUGGAGUAGAUGCUGUUUCUUUGCUUUCCGUAUCUUAACGAAGUCACUUGGCAUAUCGAAAUCCAAGGAAGGGCUGUCUUCAUGAUUGCCAUUGUCCAUGAUGCUUUCUCCUGUGAGCUGUGAGGCUGGUUGGCUGCUGCCAGCACUGGUGCAAAAUGAUGGUGACUGGACGCGGGGCCUAUAGCUGUGUUUUGGGGUAUAAUAACGCCGGAGAGGUGCUGAGAGACGCACGCUGCCGACUCCUCUUCCAUGCAAAGGCCUCUCUGAUAACAGGAUGGGAGAAAACUCGAUGCCCUCAAGGCACUGCUGAGGCCACGAGCAUUUCGGCGUGGGAGGGGAAGGCAGGGGGGAAGGGGGUUUGCUGCUUUCUGGGUUGUGACCCUGCCACAGAGCAGGUGCACCUGCACCCACGCGUGUGUGGAUGCACGUUUCAGGCUGUAUCCGUACGGGAAUGGAGAGGUCGUUGGAAGGAAACGUAACUGCAUUAAUGCUCAAAACAGAAUUGGGAGGUAGUCCCCGAAGGAGCGAGCUGUUGCAAUCCAAGCUCCCCCUGAAAUAAAGACCUUCGCACACCAACCACAGGGACCGAGCUGAAGAUGCUCUGGAGAGCCAGCCUUCACAACGAAAAACCUUUUUUUCUUUCAUUUCUUUUUUUUUUUUUUAAUACUUUUUUUUUUUUGCAUACUAAGGAAGCAAAAGAAAGAUGCUGAGGAGCAAGGGGAAUUGGUUGGGAGCAUUAUAUAUUGAAAAUACUGAUGUGGCAAGGACAAUUUCUGGCUCCCCUGAGCAUCUGCUUCGCUGGAGCCAAGCGAUGCUCUCCAAGAACAAUCAUAAAUUACCAUCAGAGAGAUCGUGGGAUUCCUGUGAGCUGUAAUUGGAAAACACCAACCUCAGAGGCACCCCAGAGAUUUUUUUAUUCCCAGUUGGAGAGGGGAGGGAGAGAGGGGAGCCCCACAGGGUGCAAGGAUGCAGGAGCCCCCUCUCUUGCUGUGCCUGUGCAGUUAGGAGGGAAUAGAGGAGGACACGUGCUGGCAUAUAAGAAAGAUUCAAGGAAGAAACUUUUUACAGUGAGGGUGGUGAAACCCUGGCCCAGGUUGCCCAGAGAGGUGGGAGAUGCCCCAUCCCUGAAAACAUUCCAGGUGAGGUUGGACGGGGCUCUGAGCAACCUGGUCUGGUUGAAGAUGUCCCUGCUCAUGGCAGGGGGGUUGGACUAGAUGGCCUUGAAAGGUCCCUUCCAACCCUAACCAUUCUGUGAUUCUAUGAUUAUAUGAUACAUUUACCACCCAGGGCAAGAGAUGGCUUCUCAGGGGUUGUGGUGGUCUCAGCCCUGUUGUCCAUGGGUCAAGGAGUGGUCCAUCAGUACCUAUGGGGUUUGCUCCAGCAGCAGCAGAUUGAAGCAUCAUUAAAAAGAAUACUAAUAAUAUGGACAAGCGAAGCAAGGUUUUGCUGGUAAAAUACACUGUAAGCUGGUCUGGUCUGUCCAGGCGUGAGCUGGGGGCAAAGCAGGGGGAGGAACGGGGCGAUUGGGACCCCGGCCUGGCAGGGAGGGAUGGAGAAGCGCUUCCAAACCAUGCGUUUUCUUAAAGCCUAUGCGAAAGUGUUACUAUUUGCCUAAUGAACAAGCACAGUUUUUACAAAAAAAAAAAACAAAAAAAAACCAAACAAAAAAAAACAAAAAAAACAAAACGAAACAAAAAAACCUUGGUGAAGAAAAGCACCAAACUCCCGUGGUCUCGUGUGAGUGACUGAUCCCGAGGUGCGUGCGAAUUUACAGCGUCUGGAGUUGCAUCGGUGUGUCAGGUUCCUUUGCGUUUAAAUAAUUUGUACGAGUAGGUUGCGAUAAUAGGGUGAGUCUAAAAAAAAAAAAAAAACCUGAAACAAACAACAAAAAAUCUCUAGGAACAAAACAUUGAUAGUUUACAGGGUUUUGUGAGUUUAAAUGCCUUAUAUUUAACAAUCAUAAUUUAUGACUAACUUGUAGAUAUUGUGGGUUCUUAUUUAAUUAUUUUUAUAGUUGUUUUUUUUUGCAUUUUUAAUUAUAAUUUAUUUAUUUAGAAAUUAAUACUAAUUUU